AUGGCAACUGACUCACCGUCUAAAUCUAGUGUUACACCUCCAACCAAGCUUCAACUAGCCCUAGCAUUGGCUGUUGUCAAGGGAAAACCACCAGGCCAAGGCGUUAAAGAAUACAUUUUGCAGAUUCGAGAGUUCAUUAAAAAGUCGAAAGAUUUGGGCCAAGUUGGUGCGACAGACAAGUUCUUCGACAGCGUCUCCUUCUGGCAACAAGCAUACGAACGGUCUGAGGCAGGACAGAGCAAACUACAAGAUCAAGUCCACGAGCUUAACCAGCGUAUUGAGGGCCUUCUUGCCAAACUGCGUGUCAAAGUCACUGCAAAUGACAAUGAGACCUUGCCGGCAAACAAACGCAAGGCGCCUGCUGUUGGUAAGAAUGCGAACAGUUCGAACAUGGCUAGGAAACGCACAAAGCUACCAAAAAGUAUGCAGAAAAGCAUUCCAUUGAUGGAUGAUGAUCAUGAUUCAGGAGAAGAAGAUGACUUGUGCCUCAACAGACAGCUGCAUAUCGUCCAAAAGGCCUUGCAAAGAAGGACAAACAGCAGUUCGGAGGCCAAUUCUCUGGCUGUGGAUGCAGUCAUCCUCUGCAAAACUGCAGAGCAGAGACUGAUCCGGACUAUCCAGAACGAGAGCAGUUUGACGGAGGAGAAAUCUUCCCAAACCGAGCAGGCCAAUGUGCCGGAUACAGAAACUGUUAUGAAUGGUGUGACAAUUGCUUUCCAUCUCACGCACAAAGCAUUGCACAAAAUGACUGGGGCCGAGAAUUCCACGCAGCACCAAGCCCAGGUCAUCUACUACCUAGUAGGCCUGUUCGAAUCAACCAUGACAACACUCACUCUGCAUUGCACUGCAAUGUCCAAGCAAACUUCAGUCACCAAAAACGUUAUAUCAGGCGGAGGCCAGAAGUCUGCCACGCAACCCGAUGAACAAAACAAACGCACAAAAGAGAAGAACUCACCUACCCAGAAUGAGACGGCCUCUCGCCUCGCAGACCUGCUCUGCACAAUGGCACUUUCCCUGAAUCUAACUCGCACGGAAGAUCAGAAAGUAUUGGAAGGGUUUCUUUUCCUUGUCCUCAAUCGUAUGGGGAAAAUGCUAGCUCUCCAUGUUUUCCAUGACCUGCGACUGCCAAUGGGCAUUUGUCCUGGGAUGACAUUCCCAGAUGGACUGGAAGCAAUGACUGACGAGGGUCUUAUGCCAAACGAGGCACAACUCGAAGCAAAUUAUCUCGUUCGGCUUCUGGAUAGAAUGCUUAAUGGUAAAUCCUUUCCAUCGCCCCUCGAGACAUCGGCUGCUCGUCAAUUUGUUGCAAAUGCCAAAGAUCGUAUGCAAAAGUCUCUCCUCCGGGCUGUAUUCGGACCUGAUGACCAUCUGUUUCGGGAGGGUCUGCGACGUCCGCAUACUCCGCCUCCUCAGGUACUUGAUGGUCAACAGAUGGACCAGGACACGUUUUCGGACUGGCUUACACAGGAGCUGUGGCGGCUUGUUGGCUGGGAUGUGUUGAAGACUGUGUUUGUUCCAAUCUAA